CACCACCGAUCCUCCUUCAUCAAUUACCGUAUUCUUUUCUUCAUCGACGUCCGAUGGCUGUCUCGUCGCAUUGCCGUCUCCUCCUCCUCCUGUUGGCUUUCUCGGCAUUUGCUCUUCCAGCCGCACUCGCCGGACGUGGAACUCCGGCGAGCCUCGAUAAGAAGGAGCCGGAGUUCUUAGGCGUCCAGGAGGGCACCGUGCUCCUUCCCGGAAUAGGAAGGUACGCCCUCGGAAGCCAUGAGUUACCGGCGGUCCGCGGUCUGGACAGCAGCGGCCCGGCGGCGAAGAGCGGUCAGUUUCUUCCGGGGAUCGACGACACCUUUGUGCCGAACCCCGGGUUGGAAAUUCCGAACCCGUUCCGGCCGACGACGCCUUGAUUGAGUACUGCUUCGAUUCAUGAUGUGGUUGGAUUUGGCAAUAAUUGUGAUCGAUCGAGUUAGAUUUGGAUGAUCUUGUGGAAGGUGAGAGUAGAUUUAAUUAAUUUGGAUAAUCUAGUUGAAGAACUGGUGUGUUAGAAUUCCGUCGAUGUCGGUCUCAUUGGCGUUGCUAUUGUUGUAUUGCUGUUGUGAAUGUGAUGAUGGAUCCAGUGAAAGUUAUCGUAGUUUUUCUCCCACUAAAUAUUGAAAUAAGGAUGUGAUAUGGUCAUACUGUUUCAUAUUUA